AUGUCGUCUCUUCCAGUGCACCGAACCCGAUGUUUAGCCGGAAACGGAGAGUCAUUUGCGCACCGUACUCGAAACGGAUUGCUGAGUUACAGGGCCGUGCCUGAUCAGUUGGCGCCAGUUUAUUUAUUGAUUUAUUUUUUAAUUCAUCGACUGUCCCGGCCGCUUAAGCAGCUAUGCAGCGUUCAACUAACAUACAACUGCCUCUACCUUUCACUUCCGGAUAACAAGCCGUUCCUGCCAGAGCUGCUUCCUCCGUCUGCUCCAGGGAGCUACAUCUUGCUGAUAGUCCUAACCAUCUAUCGGUGUUACUGGUCACCAAGGUCGUAUGCCUAG